AUGGAAGGAAAAACUAGUCACGCAGAAAGCUGCAUAAAAGCAAUUGCGACUAAUGCUGCUAUUGGCGGCUUAGUAGGACUUGGCUUAGGAUUAAUUUUGGCAAAAACUAAAAGAUUGCCAUUUGUGUUGUAUGGAGCUGGGUUCGGGACUGGGAUAACUAAACCAAAAUGCGAGCCUCUGAUGGAGAGAAUGAAAGCUAAGGUUAGUAACUAA